CGCAAUUGCUCGCAGCAUGACAGUUACCAUUCCACUGGAUCAUUAUCCUGGAACCCAGUGGCGGUAGCUGAACACCUUCGCUCGUCUUCACCCGCAAAGCAACAGUGGGACGAGCUUCUGGCGGCGCAUCACGCGACACAUGUCUUGGAGAUGAUAGUCAAGCUAGGUGUUCAGUAUGUCAAACACAAUCAGGCUUUGGUCUGGGGGAUCGAGGCCGCGUUGUGCGGACUUGAAUGUGCCGUCUUCCUUGCGAAGUAGCUCCGAGCGCUACAAUUGUCCAGCCAAUGCGAGUCAUUGUCGGAACCUGAGACGCUCUUGGUUGACUGGACCCGAAACGUUGUACUCGAAGGCCUGGCGUCUUUCCAGGGCAGCAGAGCGGGGCCUUCUGGGACUUCCGUUGGUGCUUUAGCAGAAUACGUAGUCAAAGUCUGGUCUCAUGUAAUGCAUGGGAAUUCGCCUCGGUCGUUUAUUCGGGUGAUAAGGGAUGUCUUGGAUCAGUAUAGACAAAGCGGACUGGAAUAGCUUUGAUGCAAGACAGGUGAUUGUU